AUGAACGUCUUCUACUUCAGCAUCUUCACUCUUCUACUCCUUGCAUUUCCGGCUUCAUCCCAUGGAACCCGUGUGAAACGUGACCUGAGUCCAGAUGUCCAGAAGAAAUUGGUGGAUGAGUUGAACAAGGAUCGUCAGGAGCUGGGAAAGAAGACUAAGUUGACGUUUGCACCCUUGAAAUACAAUGCCACUCUUGAGAAAAUGAUAGAUGGCUUUGCUUCGAAAAAUCCCUGUGAAGCUAGGGAAGAUGACACUUUCCAUUACAGUUUCGCUAAACUGAAAGUUAACGACGCUGGACAAAAAAUCAUAAAAGAAAACGCUAGAAGCAGACUCAUCCAUUUUGCCUUUUUCAAUCCUCGACAAACUAGCAUUGCAUGCUCGAAAUCCCUCAAAUGCACAUUCCCAUAUGAUAGCGACCCAAGCAUUCAGAUUGAGUUUUAUGGAGCUUGCAUUCUAGGGCCAUUUGGGAAGAAUGGAAACAUCGAUGAUGAAAUGUAUAAGAAAUUUGUGAAAGCUGGAAUACCAUCGGUGUCGAAAUAUGCGGAUAUCAUUGGAAAUGGAGCAGCUUCAUCCACCUCCUACUUCUGUGUGAUGAUCCUUAUUAUUUGUGUGAUUUUUUUCUAG